AUGAAGCUGCUGGGUGCUGUGCUGCUGGCUUUGGGGGUGCUGGGCAGUGCAGCCCGGGAUAAGCAGCCCCCCUGGCUGGACGAGCCUUCCCAAACCUGCUUCUUCCAGCCGCUCAGCGACGCGGACAGCGAGUUCUGCAAAGGGGAUUUGGAAAUCAUCUACCCGGAGCUGGAUGAUGUGGGCUGCAACUACAUCCCCCAGUGCCACCAGUACCGGUGGCGGAUCAGCAAGGAGUGGGGCCCCCCGCGCAUCCGGUACCCCCAGGCUGUGAAG